UUCCACUCUUCCUCCUUCCCCUCCAACCCCCAUUAUCAACUUCAUCCCCAUCUACACAACCACCGCCGUCGCAAUCGGUGUUUGUCCUAUUAGAAUAUAUUCUCAUUUUCCAAUUCUGUUGUUCCUUUAAUUUCUUGUAUUUUCCUCUAACACGUCACCCUCACCGCCAGCCUCACGAGACCCUCCCACUCUCAGUGUUCCGCCCCUCCUCACCCACAAACAUCCGAGCGUCCUACCCCUUAACGCGUUGUCUGGCAUCACUCUAAAUGGACAACAAUAUGGAAAUCGAUACCGCACGGUCUCCCGAGCCCCACCGCCUGUCGCCGACGUCUGACCCUGGGUCGAUACCGACACUGGACGGAUGGAUUGAAAAUUUGAUGAGCUGCAAGCAACUAGCGGAGGAGGAUGUGCGGAGGCUGUGUGAUCGGGCAAGAGAGGUGUUGCAGGAAGAAUCCAAUGUGCAGCCAGUUAAAUGCCCAGUAACUGUGUGUGGUGAUAUACACGGCCAGUUUCAUGACCUAAUGGAACUGUUCCGCAUCGGAGGCCCGAAUCCAGACACAAACUAUUUGUUUAUGGGUGACUAUGUCGACCGUGGUUAUUACUCCGUAGAGACCGUCACCCUCCUUGUUUGCCUUAAAAUCCGUUACCCCCAGCGUAUCACCAUCCUCCGUGGAAACCACGAGUCCCGCCAGAUUACUCAAGUUUAUGGAUUUUACGACGAGUGCUUGCGUAAAUAUGGCAAUGCCAAUGUCUGGAAAUACUUCACUGAUCUUUUCGAUUACUUACCCCUCACCGCACUCAUCGAAAACCAGAUCUUCUGCCUCCACGGCGGCCUGAGUCCGUCUAUCGACACGCUUGACAACAUUCGGUCCCUGGAUCGGAUCCAGGAGGUCCCCCACGAGGGACCGAUGUGCGACCUGCUGUGGAGUGACCCAGACGACCGAUGUGGUUGGGGAAUCUCGCCCCGUGGUGCUGGAUACACCUUCGGGCAGGAUAUCUCGGAAGCAUUUAAUCAUAACAACGGCUUGACUCUGGUUGCACGAGCACAUCAGCUUGUAAUGGAGGGAUAUAAUUGGUCGCAGGAUCGGAACGUAGUCACAAUUUUCUCAGCGCCGAAUUAUUGCUACCGCUGCGGUAACCAAGCCGCGAUUAUGGAGAUUGAUGAGCAUUUGAAGUAUACAUUCCUACAAUUCGAUCCUUGCCCCCGUGCAGGCGAGCCAAUGGUCUCGAGGCGGACCCCCGACUAUUUCCUGUGAUUGAAAGUGAUAGACUUCUCACCUCUGGCAAGAUGAGGUUCUCCGACCCUUCGAGAGGGCUCCUGGGAUUUGGAACUGCAGACGCGUCGGUCUGCCUAGAUAAUUGUAUGUCUGUUUUCUGGGCCGUGUUGAUACCAUUCAUGAAAAUAAAAAGACAUUCGCAAGAGUUUUGAUUUUAUCCUGCGUUUUGCGGUGGCUCUCUGUCUAAUCAGAGUAAUGGGGUUUUUCCGGGCAACUUUCUUGGAUACAGGUGGUUAUGGUUUGAUGCUAGAACUUUUACCAGAUACGCCCGCAUUAUGAACGGGGGGAGUGGGUAUAUUUGUUGAUUACAUUUGUCCUCUAGAAAUAACGCGAAUGGUGGACAACAAUGAAUUCCAUGGCGAA